GACUCUCUCUGCGCGUCCGCUGGCCUCUCGCCGCCCCGCCGCAGCUGUCGCGUUCUCCGGCCGUGUCUAGCGCGGUCUUCUCGUGGGGAGCCUCGCGCCGCUGGGCGCGUGUCGUCCCCCUGCCUCGCGGCGCGGGUUCUCGCGGGCCCCGCUCCCGCCCUCCGCUCGCCUGGCCCGGACCGGAAGCGGCGCCGCACGGCCUGGGCCUGGCGCGGGGGGCGGGCAUAGGGGCCCGAUCGGACAUGGGCAAGAAGCACAAAAAGCACAAGUCGGACCGACACUUCUACGAGGAUUACGUGGAGAAGCCCCUGAAGCUGGUCCUCAAAGUAGGAGGGAACGAAGUCACUGAGCUGUCCACCGGCAGCUCCGGCCACGACUCCAGCCUCUUCGAAGACAGAAGCGAUCAUGACAAACACAAGGACAGGAAACGGAAGAAGAGGAAGAAAGGGGAGAAGCAGGCUCCCGGCGAAGAGAAGGGGAGAAAACGGAGAAGAGUCAAGGAGGAUAAAAAGAAACGAGACCGAGACUGCAUGGAAAACGAGGCAGAAAAAGACCUCCAGUGUCGUGCCCCUAUAAGAUUAGACUUACCUCCUGAGAAGCCUCUCACAAGCUCUUUAGCCAAACAAGAAGAAGUUGAACAGACACCCCUCCAAGAAGCUUUGAAUCAGCUGAUGAGACAAUUGCAAAGAAAAGACCCAAGUGCUUUCUUUUCAUUUCCUGUGACUGAUUUUAUUGCUCCUGGCUACUCCAUGAUCAUUAAACACCCAAUGGAUUUUAGUACCAUGAAAGAAAAGAUCAAGAAUAAUGACUACCAGUCUAUAGAAGAACUUAAGGAUAACUUCAAGCUCAUGUGUACUAAUGCUAUGAUUUACAACAAGCCAGAGACUAUUUAUUAUAAAGCUGCAAAGAAGCUGUUGCACUCAGGGAUGAAAAUACUCAGCCAGGAAAGAAUUCAGAGCCUGAAGCAGAGCAUAGACUUCAUGGCAGACUUGCAGAAAACUCGAAAGCAGAAAGAUAGAACAGACGCCUCUCAAAGUGGGGAGGACAGCAGCUGCUGGCAGCAAGAGAAGGAAGCCUCUGGAGAUGCUGAAACACAAGCCUUCAAAAGUCCCUCUAAGGACAAUAAAAGAAAAGACAGAGAUGUCCUUGAAGAUAAAUGGAGAAACAGCAACACAGAAAGGGAGCAUGAGCAGAUUGAGCGUGUUGUCCAGGAGUCAGGGGGCAAGCUGACACGGCGGCCAGCAAAUAGUCAGUGUGAAUUUGAAAGAAGAAAACCAGAUGGAACAACAACACUGGGACUUCUCCACCCUGUGGACCCCAUUGUGGGAGAACCAGGCUACUGCCCUGUGAGACUGGGAAUGACGACUGGAAGACUUCAGUCUGGAGUGAAUACCUUGCAGGGUUUCAAAGAAGAUAAAAGGAACAAAGUAACCCCAGUGUUAUACUUGAAUUAUGGACCCUACAGUUCUUAUGCCCCACAUUAUGACUCUACAUUUGCUAAUAUUAGCAAGGAUGAUUCUGAUUUAAUCUAUUCGACCUAUGGGGAAGACUCUGAUCCUCCAAGCAGUUUCAGCAUCCAUGAGUUUUUGGCCACAUGCCAGGAUUAUCCAUAUGUUAUGGCAGAUAGUUUACUGGAUGUUUUAACAAAGGGAGGGCAUUCCAGGACCCUGCAGGAGUUGGAAAUGUCACCACCUGAAGAAGGCGGCCAGACCAGAACACUUGAUACAGCAAAAGAAACGGAGAUCUCACAGAUAGAGCCAGUGGGGCGUUUGGAGUCCGGUAGUCAGGACAGGCUCACAGCACUGAAAGCAGUAACAAACUUUGGUGUUCCAGUUGAAGUCUUUGACUCUGAAGCAUGUUGUUCUUACACAGAGGCAGAGAUGUUCCAGAAGAAGCUUGAUGAGACUACAAGAUUGCUCAGAGAGCUCCAAGAAGCACAGAACGAGAGGCUGAGCACCAGGCCUCCUCCCAAUAUGAUCUGUCUCUUGGGUCCCUCUUACAGAGAAAUACACCUUGCUGAACAAGUGACCAAUAACCUUAAAGAACUUGCACAGCAAGUGACUCCAGGUGAUAUUGUGAGCAUGUAUGGAGUUCGAAAAGCAAUGGGGAUUUCUAUUCCUUCCCCCAUGGUGGGAAACAGCUUCGUGGAUUUGACAAAAGAUUUUGAAGAAUCUAAGAAGACUGGGGUUGCUGAUUUUGGGCCAGAUGGGAGCUGAAGCCAACCUGGUAUUUGAUUAUGUAUUGUGUACAUAUUUUUUUUCAUUCUGAACUUGGAAAUGCUUUUCAGAAAAUAUUAAUAUUUGUAAAUUGUGUUCUUAAUUAAACUUUGGGACAGUUCAUUUUAAUGUUCCAGAGAUUGGACUUCUAUUAGGUAAUAAAGCUGACCC